GACACUGACAUUGACAUUUUAGAUAACAAAAAUCGUGAUCGUGUUAUCGACGAUAAUUAGAACUUAAUUAUUUACAAUUAAUUCCUGCAAAAUAUGAACGACACACAUGCAAUUGUUAAAAAAGUGCUUCAUGUAGGCCAAAAGUACGUACCUAUAGCAAACGAAAGCAAGGCACAUUUUCACUUUCAAACAUGGAAAUUGGGAAAGGAGAGGGUCCUUUUAGAUGAUAGUAAGAAGAUCGGAAAGAAGGAACCAAUGGUGCUGGUGAUAGGUCACAAGUUUAAGCUGGAAGUAUGGGAGACAAUCAUUAAAAUGAUGGCUGUUGGGGAGGUAGCUAGCUUCACCGUGAAAAAAGAACUAGUAUACAGUUAUCCUUUCGUCUCCAAAACCCUGCGCGAGCUGGGGCAGGAUCCUAGCAAAAUCAAACAUUCAUGCACCAUGACCCUGCAAACUGAAGGCAUUGGUUAUUCAGACUUGGAUGAGCUGAUCAGCAACCCUACAGACUUGGAGUUUAUUAUAGAACUUUUAAAAGUGGAAAGAGCAGAUGAAUAUGAAAGGGAUGUCUGGCAGAUGAGCAUACAAGAAAGAUUGGACUUCAUUCCCUCUCUAAGAGAGAAAGGAAACAAUCUUUAUAAACUAAAACAGUAUGACGCAGCUGAAGAAGCUUACAGCCAAGCGAUUGCAAUCUGUGAACAGCUUAUGGUCAGAGAAAGAAAAUCAGAUGAUGAGUGGAAAAAUCUAAAUAAAAUAAAGUUACCAAUACUACUCAACUACGCACAGUGCAAACUCGUUAAAGGAGAUUAUUACUCUGUCAUAGAACACUGCAAUACCAUCCUAGAAUAUGAUGAAGAGAAUGAAAAAGCUUUGUACAGAAGAGGUAAAGCUCAUGUGGGGGCUUGGAACCCCGACCUGGCGGAAGAGGACUUCAAACGUCUGAAGUCCAUCAACCCUUCAACUGCAAAUAUGGUUGAAAAGGAAUUGGAAAAUAUCAAAUUACUACGCAAGCAAAAAGAGGCCAAAGACAAAAAUGCACUAAAAAACCUGUUUGAAAAUGGAAAUACAUAACAAUUAAUGUAAUUUUAGUAUUGUUAUAAAUGUUAUUUGUAUGUUAUUGUGAUGUGUAAGAGUGAAUUAUUGUGUUGGAUGGAUUUUCAGCCUAAAGUAUGGGCAAAUGUGUUAAUCUUUUAAAGAUAGCUUUAACUACCUCUAACUGAAUUUGUGUGCGUUGUUUAUCUCUAACUUUUAUAAACCACUUUUAUGAACCAUACAAUCUGUAGUGUUCACUGCACUUUAUUCCUAUGUACUUAGACAAAUAUGAUGAUCCUUAUAUGAAUAUUUUCAUAAAUAAAAUCUUUAUGCACUAAAA